AUGGAUGCAAUGAGUGCAGCCGAGCAACAGAAUGUUGUUGCUGAAACCAACGGCUCAACACCUGUACCAGACCCAGACUAUGAAGACGAGGUAGUCACACAAUAUCCAGCAUCUGAAUUUUCAGACGAGGAAUAUGAGGCCGAUGAGGGUAUCAAUAAACGGCGGAAGAAGAUGGGAAGAAACUUAGACCGGCAGAAAAAUAUGGCAUUAGCGCAAAAGCAAGACCAGCCAAAUACCCAAACUUACUCACGCGGCUUGCUGAAACCGUCUAACCAUUCUUCUAAGACUCUUCAACUAAGGUUGACAUUCGGGUCUGGGGAUCAAGACAUUCUACCCAUAAUACAUACCAGAGACAUUUGGUCAAGGGGGAUAGAUUUGACUUUCCCAAGUAGAGAAAGCCUCCAGAUGUGCAUUGGCUGGAAUUCGCGCGGAAAUAAAGACAUAUUUGGGGUCGACAGAGAGAUGAAUAUUCGUGAGUCCACUACAGGCUGGGACUGGUUUUAUAGUGAUAUAGGGGCCCGGUUCCGUGGGAAACAGCAAAUUCUCCCUAUUACUGAAGAUGUAGCAAAUACUCAUCUACCCAGUAAGGAGGUACCGAAGACAACCGUGCUAAUCGGCCCAUCGGAUGCUCAAACUACAUGCUUGUUAGGACGCGAUGAGUCAUUUGACUUCUCUUCAGCAUGGCCUUCUACAGAAUCCAUUGCUAUAAAACAGGAGUCAGAAGAAGCAUCCGCCUCACAAGCAAAUGAGCGGGCUCCAGACGCACCUAACCGAGUUAAAGCCCGGGAGGGUUGGAUCAUAAACCUCGGGAAUAAAAUUCAAUGUCUUAGCUGGGCUCAUAAUUACAAUGGGAACUCUCAAUUCCUGGCCAUUGUAGCUCCUAUCUUUGACAGUCAGAAAGCACAGUUUGAUGAUGGAAAUAUCAGAGGGGCCCCUGCAUUUACUCCUUCGCCGCCAUAUCCUGCAGCAAUCCAGAUUUGGAGGUUUGAAGCCAGGGACCCCAAGAGUGGACUUCGAAAACUGAACAUGAAUAAACCCCCAUUCUUGCAUAUGGUUAUCUGCACGGAAUUUGGCACAAUAAGCCGCCUUUGCUGGUGCCCUAUUUCCGUCAACCGGGGUUCAGAUGAUGGAAAUGAUAGUAAGACCACGAGACCCGCCCUCCUAGCAGGGCUUUGGAGCGAUGGCACUGUUAAAGUCUUCAAUGUUGACUUAAGCGACAGCAAAAGUGAAACCAAGUAUGUUCAUCUAAAAACACCAGCUUUCCAAGUCAAACCUCCAUCAACAGUUUGUACUUGCUUCACCUGGCUGUCUCCCACAGAUAUAGCUAUCGGAUGUGCAAACGGGUUUAUUGGUGUAUGGAGCUUAACCCAAUCGGCUCGAAGAGAAUCACUUACCAACUCUGAGCCUUAUCUAUACGUCCCAAUCCACGACACAUACAUACUUAACGUUGCUUCAGCUUAUCCUACCCAUCCCUAUAUUAUUGCAGCAACCUCCGUCGGUGGCCAGACGCGGCUGGUAUCCCUCCAAGAUCCAGCAGCGGAAGUGGUUGAUGCGCUUCGGCUGAGGAUAGGGACUCAGUGCCUCGUCUACUCCCCUUUUUUACGAUCCUUUAUUACCAAUGACGAAGGAGACUUUGUUCGGCUUCUUCCUCUCCGCCGCUUCUUUUCGAGCCUUGCUGCACUUAAGUCUCGAAGUAUUAUUACCUCCUUAGCGACUGCAAGUUUACAUCAGCCCUGCAUUCUCGCAGGAAACGCGGGAGGAGCGGUGAUAGGGAACAACCCCCUCCGAAAGCUCAUUCAUUCCAAGGAAAAGCAGUGGCAGCAGACCUGGUUUUCGCAAGAAUGGAUUAAUGGGGAAAAUAAUAACAUCACUCCGGGACCAGUAGUUAAAUUCUAUGAUGGAUUCAAGGCAGAAACAGCGAGCCUAGCCAAGGGUUCAUCAGCUCAGGAUAAGGAGACAGGCCAGGUGGGCAUGAUGACUGUAUAUGAAGAACAAACUGCCAUCACAGCUAUUGCCUGGAAUCCAAAUGCAUCGUGCUCCGGAUGGGCAUGUGCCGGGAUGGGGAGUGGUUUGCUCCGUGUGGAGGAUCUGGCUCAUGAAUAG